AGAUGCAGUCUUGCUGUGUUGCCCAGGCUGGAGCGCAGUGUUGCAAUCUUGGCUCACUGCAACCUCUGCCUCCUGGCUUCAAAUGAUUCUCUUGCCUCAGCCUCCUGAGCAGCUGGGAUUACAGGAAGAGGCAUGCAGCUUCCAUGUUGAAUACCUGGAAUCCAUUUAGACUGGCAAGUAUCCACUACCUGAAAAGCCUUGGGUGCUGAGGAAGCAGCGUUGGAAAGAAUAGAGUGCAUCCAGUCAUGCCAACUGCAGUCUAAGAAUGGAAACUGUCAGCUCUGCGUAAGGGACCAGAGAUGCCAAGAAAGAACCAUGACUCUGCACAACCAUGGUGUUGUGCAGAGAAUCAGGAGAAAUUGCUAAAAGAUCAGACUUAGGAAUUCUCUUCUUUGCAACUUUGCUCCUGGACCGCUUCUGUGAGGGAUCAUGGGUAAAUAAGUAUGGUUAACCAUCUGGGUUUGCCUGGGACUGAUGGGUCUUCAGUACAGUCUCAACAAGAUGAGGAUGAAAUGAUCUUCCUAGCAAGCAUGUGCAUUUGGUGGGAAGGGAUGUGCUUUUGCGUCUUUAUGUGGCUUGUUUUUCCUGUGACUUUAAACCUAACCAAGCAAGCAACCAAGCAACCAAGCAAGCAAGCAACUAACCAACCAACCAGUCAACCAACCGAGCAACCAACCAACCAACCAACCAAGCAACCAGUCAGUCAACCAUGCAAGCAAGCAAGCAACCAACCAGUCAACCAACUGAGCAACCAACCAACCAACCAACCAACCAACCAACCAACCAACCAACCAACCAACCAACCAGUCAACGAACCGAGCAACCAACCAACCAACCAACCAGUCAACGAACCGAGCAACCAACCAACCAACCAACCAACCAACCAACCAACCAACCAACCAACCAACCAACCAACCAGUCAACGAACCGAGCAACCAAGCAACCAAGCAAGCAAGCAACCAACCAACCGAGCAACCAAUCAACCAACCAAACAACCAACCAAGCAACCAACCAGUCAACCAACUGAGCAACCAAGCAAGCAAGCAAGCAAGCAAGCAAGCAAGCAAGCAAGCAAGCAACCAAGCAAGCAAGCAAGCAACCAACCAACCAGUCAACCAACCGUGCAACCAAGCAAGCAAGCAAGCAAGCAAGCAAGCAAGCAAGCAAGCAAGCAAGCAAGCAACCAACCAACCAACCAGUCAACCAACCGAGCGAGCAAGCAAGCAAGCAAGCAAGCAAGCAAGCAAGCAACCAACCAACCAACCAACCGAGCAACCAAUCAACCAACCAAACAACCAACCAAGCAACCAACCAGUCAACCAAGCAACCAAGCAACCAACCAACCAACCAACCAACCAACCAACCAACCAACCAACCAACCAACCAACCAACCAACCAACCAACCAGUCAGUCAGUCAACCAAGCAAGCAAGCAACCAACCAAUCAACCAACCAACCAGUCAACCAACCAAAUAACCAACCAACCUACCAACCAACCAACCAACCAAACAUACAACCAACCAGUCAACCAACCGAUCAACCAACCAUCCAACCUCUGGGUAUCUUAAAAGGUGUACUAGAGCCUCCUGUUUCAUAAGCAUUGUAUGUUUUCUAUCAUAAAUCUUAGCUAGAUUUAAAAAGCAGUUUUAGCAUAGAAGGUCUAGCGAUAUUUUGGAGGUCGUUAUCAUCAGUAUUUAGCUGUAAUGUGCAGACAGGACCCCCGGGUCUGUUCCAUGUCACAGAUCUCCUUUGAAGUCCUUCAGAGUUUUGCCCACUGAGCCACUAUACAGGGUACAGAGAGGAAUAAAGGCAGAUUAUUAGCAUGCACUCCAGGUCCAAAACAGCUGUAUCAAAAGCUCACACACCAGGCUGUUUAAUUUUCUGGCUGCUCAGUAGAAAGAGGCCUGCUGGGCAGGGUGGGUUGGAAGAAUUAACUGGAGAGAAAUAUAAACCAGUAUAAUUCACACUACUGUUUCUUGGCUGCACUAACAUGUGGAUAAAAAAUGUUUCCUACCCUAAAGCCGGCAUAUUUGUUUUGCCACUUUGUCUGAGCUAGUACCCUGGCAGCUGAAAGUUGGUGGAGAAAAUCACACAAUCGAGCUGACUGGUUUUAACUUUUGGUAAUUUUGAACUUUCACUUGGCAUUGCCUGGUAGUUGGACUGUGUUUCUCUAGUAGGUGGUCUUCCCCAAACUUUCUGCUUGCCCCCAAACCACACACAUCCUUUCCUUCAGCAGGCAAUCUUGCUUCCUUCUUCAUGGAGAUAAAGCAAAUAUGUCAUCAGCUUUGGUCCUAUGACUUGUUACUACCAACUACGACAGUCUACUUCUACCUUCUGCCGCAUGUGCCUCUCCAGCUCAGUUAUGAGGGAAGAACUGCUCCUCCUCUGCCAGGAUGAACCAUCUUGUGUGUCCUUCAUGCACUCCUUGGUUCUAGGCAGGCAGCUUCUGAAUAGGCCCUCAACAAUCCCUGUCUCCUGGAAUUUAUGCCCUUGUGCAAUCUCCUUACUUAGAGUGUGGACUUCCUGAUUUGCUUCUAAUGAGAAGAAUAUGGCAAAAAUGAUGAGCUGUCAUUUCCAAGUUCAGAUUGUGGAAGACUGUGACUUUCUUUUCGUUCUUUCCUUUUUUUUUUUUGAGAUGAAGUCUCGCUCUGUCAUCCAGGCUGGAGUGCAGUGGCACAAUCUCGGCUCACUACAGCCUCCACCUCCUGGGUUCAAAUGAUUCUCUUGCCUCAGACUCCUGAGUAGCUGGGAUUACAGGUGCCUGCCCCCACACCUGGCCAAUUUUUUUGCAUUUUUAGUAGGGACGGGGUUUCACCAUGUUGGUCAGGCUGCUCUUGAACUCUUGACAUUGUGAUCUGCCCUCCUCGGCCUCCCAAAGUGCUGGGAUUACAGGUGUGAGCCACCACGCCUGGCCAAGACUGUGACUUUCAUCUUGCUUGGACUCUGUCACCAGCUGGCUCUGAUGAUGCACCUGCCAUGUUGCAAGUUGCCUUAUGAAAAGGUCCUAAUGGCAGGGAACUCAGGGCAGCCUUAGGCCAACAGGAACAAUGCACAGAGUUCCUCAGUUCAACAGCCCAUGAGGAAUUGGCUUCAACAGCCUAUGAGGAGUUUGCAUCCUGCCAACAACCAUCUGGGGUGGCUGGAUGUGCACCCUUCCCCAAUUAAGCCUUGAGGUGAUGGGAGCCUCAGGUGACACCUUGAUUUCAGCUUAUGAGAUACCCUGAGCCCGCAGGCCCACCUAAGUGGCACCCAGAAUCCUGACACACAGACCAGGGAGAUAAUAAAUGUUGACUUAAAUCAAGUUGUUUUACACAUCAAUGGAUAUGUAACACAUCAGAAAGUUUUCACACCUAUAUUUGACCCUUAAUUCAGGGCGAAUACCUGCAGAAACACAGCUUGCUUUAUUUCUAAAAUUGUGCUGUCCAAUAAAAUACUGAAUGAGACACAAAUGUGAACCAUGUAUUUUUUAGCAGCCACAUUAAAGAAGUAAAAAAAGGUGAAAUUAAUUUUAAUAAUAUAUUUUAUUUAAUCCACGCAUCAAAACUAUAUUGUAUAAAUAUGUAAUUCAUAUACCACAUGA